AUUUGCAGUGGCUUACACCUUUCUGUCACCCGUGAGAGUGAAGUGGAGUCUGGUGCGGGUAGGGAGGGAGCAGAGAGGGCGGGAUAGAGAGAGAGAAGACUGUGCGCGUUCAGGCAGGACAGGAGGGCGCGCGGGACAUCAGUACACCGGCCGGGUCAAGAAGCAAGGAUGGAUAUCCGACCAGACAGGUUUAAGGCGGUCGCGGCCAAAACUCUGGGGAAAAUUCACAGGCUGAUUGAGAAGCAGCAGCCCAAUGGAGAAACCAUUGAAUUAUCAGCAGAGGGGCGUCCUGAGCUGGUGGAGGAGAAGGAGCUGCCGGUGGUGGACUGUACCUGCUUUGGCUUGCCGAGGAGGUACAUCAUCGCCAUCCUGUCUGGCCUGGGUUUCUGCAUUUCUUUUGGCAUCCGGUGCAACCUGGGUGUGGCCAUUGUAAGCAUGGUGAAUGACCACACUGUCUACAAAGGCAACAAGGAAGUACUUGUGGCUGCACAGUUCACCUGGGACCCUGAGACAGUUGGUAUGAUUCAUGGCUCCUUCUUCUGGGGCUAUAUCGUCACACAGAUCCCGGGUGGCUUUAUAUGUCGAAAAUUUGCAGCCAACAGAGUGUUUGGCUUUGCUAUAGUGGCCACAUCCACCCUCAACAUGCUGAUUCCAUCCGCUGCUCGCUGCCAUUACAGCUGCGUCAUACUGGUCAGGAUAUGCCAGGGCCUUGUUGAGGGUGUAUCAUACCCAGCAUGCCACGGGAUCUGGGCCAAGUGGGCGCCUCCUCUUGAGAGAAGUCGAUUAGCCACAACAGCCUUUUGUGGAUCCUAUGCAGGGGCAGUGGUGGCCAUGCCUUUAGCUGGAAUACUGGUGCAAUACACUGGAUGGUCUUCAGUAUUCUAUGUUUAUGGCAGCUUUGGGAUAUUCUGGUAUUUGUUCUGGAUUCUGGUUUCGUAUGAGAGUCCAGCCGCUCAUCCCACUAUUACACCAGAGGAGAGGAAGUACAUUGAAGAGGCAAUCGGAGAGUCUGCAACAUUUCUUAAUCCUCUGCAUAAAUUUAAAACACCUUGGAAACACUUCUUCACCUCCAUGCCAGUCUACGCCAUCAUUGUGGCCAACUUCUGCAGGAGCUGGACCUUCUACCUGCUGCUCAUCAGCCAGCCGGCCUACUUUGAAGAAGUAUUUGGCUUUGAGAUCAGCAAGGUGGGCAUGGUGUCAGCUUUGCCCCAUCUGGUGAUGACAAUAGUCGUGCCUAUUGGAGGCCAGUUGGCAGACUACCUGAGAACACACAAUCUGAUGACAACCACCAACGUCAGGAAGCUCAUGAACUGUGGAGGUUUUGGGAUGGAGGCCACCCUCCUGCUGGUGGUGGGAUACUCUCACACAAAAGGUGUUGCCAUUUCCUUCCUGGUCCUCGCUGUGGGUUUCAGUGGAUUUGCUAUCUCAGGGUUUAAUGUCAAUCACUUGGAUAUUGCCCCUCGAUAUGCCAGCAUACUGAUGGGCAUCUCAAACGGGGUAGGAACAUUAUCUGGAAUGGUGUGUCCCCUCAUAGUGGGAGCCAUGACCAAACACAAGACACGUGAAGAGUGGCAGGGUGUCUUCCUAAUAGCUUCACUCGUACAUUACGGCGGAGUGAUUUUCUAUGGAAUCUUUGCAUCAGGAGAAAAGCAGCCUUGGGCAGAUAUAGAGGACACAAGUGAGGAGAAGUGUGGUAUUAUCGAUGAGGAUGAACUGGCCAAUGAAACAGAGGAGCUCUACCGCGGAGGCGGGCAGUACGGGGCCAUGAACCAACCAGUUGUUGGUUCUAAUGGAGGAGGGACUGGCGGAGGAGGAUCCGGGUCUGGAUGGGUGUCGGACUGGGAUAAGUCUGAGGAGUAUGUCCAGCCGCCUGGACACAACUCGUACAAAUACGGGGGAAAAGAAGAGAAGGAGCUGACAUAGAAGAUCAAAAUGAUACAAGUUUAAAAAGAAAAUUUGAAAAAAAAAGAUAAAGAAAAGAGGAAGAUUGAUUUUGGAUAGGGGUUUGUAAGAGAGUCACUGCUUUACUGAAUGGACCCGCUGUGUGCUUUUGUACAAUAUUUUCAACUGCACAUAUCAAAAGUAUGCAUCUGAUUAAUUUCUGUGUGUGUGUGUGUGUGUGUGUGUGUGUGUGUGUGUGUGUGUACGUGCAUGUGUGCAUGUGUGUGCGUGUGUGUGUGUGUGUGUGUGCGUGUGUGUGCGUGCAUUGUUUGCAAACACAUACAAUUCAACAGCAUUCAACAACUGAACUCAGAUACCAGACUUCCUUGCUGCUCCUGAGCUCGUUGUGAUUGGUCAAGAAUUCUGUUUCCACAAAAUGCCGUAGUUGGCUUUUUGCCUACUCUCACAAGCCACUGGCAUUUUGUUGUAUUUAAAAUGUUAUGUGUAAGCCACACAUUUACUUUUCUAGCUGAGAAAGCACCUUUCGGGCCUCAGUUUUGAAACAUAAAACUUUUGAGCUUACAACAUUGUCCAAAUUAUUAAAUAAAAAACGUGAUGCCACUAGUGUCGAUUGCUUAAACUUUCUAGUCUAUAAUACUCCCAAGGCCAUCAGCCUCAAUAGAAUUCAUAUUGAGCAUAUGAUUUUAAAAAAUCAAUACACAAACUAAAAGCUAAUGUGUUUUUAUGAUUGAGGCCCCGUGUGGCCUUCUUGUCUGGACACUGGUGAUACAUCCACUUAAUUUCUUUCUUUGCAACAUUAUUUUUCAACAGCACUGCAUAACUAUAGUAUGCAUGCACAUGCCGACUACUUUUAAACUGUUAAAUCAAGAAGAAAAAAUGUGCGUAGGUGUUGUAUCUGUCUGUGUUUGUGUGUGUGAAGCUGUACAGCUUUUGUUACAACAGGCCCCCUUUAUGUGUGUGCAUUUCAUUGUGCAAAGGUGUGUGUUUGAGGUUGCAUUUGGUGUCGAGAUGAAUGUCACCUGGGUCUGACCUAACUAGGUCACGUCCAGCCAGGCUUAUGGUCACAUUUGUGACUUUCCAUUUGGCGUGUACGCUCCCGUUAGAUAGGUGGCCCAGAAUGACAAGUAGAGUGUGAUAGCUGCUUAACUGAUCCACUGCGUAACCAGCGAGGAACAACAGUUAUAAUAUUCCCAGGCAUCACAGCACGUGCUGCCUCUGUUUCUGCCUUGUUCUGUGUCUUUGUGGCUGCUCUCUGUUUCCAUGUCUUUAGUAUCUACAUUUUUGUCAUGUUUGAGGUGGUGGGUGAGACCGUCUAACGUGUCGUGUGUGUGUGUGUGUUGUGUGUGGUGUGUGGGUGUGUGUGUGGUGUGUGUGUGUGUGUGGUUGUGGUGUGGUGGUGUGUGGUGGUGCGUGCUUGUGUGUGUGCGUCCGUUGUGUUAGGUGCAGGUGCUGAAACAUUGGUGGUGGAGCAUGAUUUAAUGCGACAUUAGUGUAGUACCCCACCAUCCCUCUUUCUUUUGCCACACACACCACACACAAACACACACACACACACACACACACACACACACACACACACACACGCGCACACGCACGCGCGCACACACACACACACACACACACACACACACAGGGUGCUAAUUUCAUGCAAGCACAGUCAAGUGCAGUGUGCAGAGGGAGUGGUUUUUAGUACACUUUUAGUAUUCACAUGGCUGUAAAGCACCCAUGGAAACAGGGUGAUAUUGGGAAGUAUGAUUAAACAUUGUCAGAGGAUGUGUUAAGGUUUGGUUACAAUCAUGGCCAAUCCACUCCUAUCAAGCCCUUUAAAAGUAGCUCCUUCUCCACUGUGACAUACUGACUGCUGGGUAAUGGAGUAGGGAAUUCAGAAGUUCUUUUCCUUAGAAGACACCAACAUGCUUAUACAGGAAAGGAACUGUCAUAUUAAACAAAUUGCACAGUACAACUCGGCGCUUGCACACUUAGCCAACAUACAUUAAACAUGUUCAUGCACACACAAACACAAAAAAACGUCUGCCCUCUGUGUGACGUCACAAGUCAUGCCAACACACAAUGUUUUUUUUUUUUUUAAUUUAAAGUACAUUUGCAGGCGGCUCUUUUUCAGAUUAAGAAUCUAAUUUUGUGUACCUUAUAGAGAGUUUGUGAAUUGAGCUCACUUUUGUGAGAAGAAAUACACUACUGGAUUGUUAAAAUAAUUGUAUUUGAUUAAACUGAGGGUUUAAUGGUAAAAUGUGUUGGUAUGUCAAUAAAUUAUUUGAAAAAGUGAAUAAGGCAAAUUUUGUUUUGAAUGAAAUGUCUAAAAGACGUGAAUGAUCAUUCCUGUAUAGAAUUUUAUUUUCAAGUGUUGUAUUGGUGUGUUUUUAAUCAAGUUUCUCUUUGUCUCAUUUAUGGCCAGUCCAAUGUUGUCCUCCUCCUUCUUAAUGAAAUGUGUGGUGGGAACCAGUUAAAAAAGAAAAAAAGAAAAUGAUCAUAAUGCAAAAAUGUGCAAAAAUAUUCUAUGUAUAAAAGAUGUAUAUGUGAGAUAUCCUUGUCUAUAAUAAAAUGUAAGCAAUUUGA